GUUAGUGCUGCUGUCGUUGGUUGAGUAUUGAGCUCCAGUCUGACCUACUUUCGUACUUCGCUUCAGCUCAGCGCUGUUUACAGGCGCUCGUCAGCGGACGAUGUGGACCCGGUAACGAAAACACGUCGCCUAAACGCCGAGUCGCGUGCGCUCCCGUGCCGCUUUUCUCCUGGGAUUCUUCAGUUAUUGUGCUUUGUACAUAUUUUGUCCCGUGUCCGACUUCAGAGUGGCUCUAUCGUGGGUUGUUUAUGAGCUCACUCGUGGAUUCAGUAUGAGAGGCGCGGACGAGGGCAAAAGUGAAGUGUGGAUCGGUAACGUUAGUCCUUAACGCACGGUUCUUCUGUUUCCAUCAAUAACUUCAUGGAGAGAGAAAACCGUUUUGCAAGUGUACAUUAGCAAAUUUCAUCUGGAAGACAAGAGUCAAGAUAAACAAUAUCUUGAUGGUAAGCUAGUUAUUGACCUUCAAGGACUGGCUAGCUGUAAGAACAUUACUGCAGCAUCUAUUGGCUGCCAAUCAACACCGGUGGCUUGCCAUCAAAGAUUUGUGAGUAGUGGCUAACCACUAGCAUUAGGUGGUUAGCGUGUGGUGUCCAGUAGAAUCUCUGUGGGUGUUUCGAGUGUAGAAGACACGAAUGGGACACGCUAGCCUUUCCAGACGGCCUGAAUGGGAGAAGGAGUGAGCAUGGACAACCUUUCGGAGUUUGGAGGCCUUUGUCCGUCCACCCGGAGGGAAUGGGACACAGGCAGCUGUGUGGAUGAUUUAAUGGAUGAAGAUGAGAAAGACAGAGCAAAAAGGGCGUCCCGUAAUAAAUCAGAGAAGAAGAGAAGAGACCAGUUCAAUGUUCUCAUUAAAGAGCUGUGUACAAUGCUGCAGGGUCAAGGUCACCCUCGCAAGAUGGACAAAUCCACCAUCCUGCAGAGAACCAUUGACUUCCUGCAGAAACAGAAAGAGAUCACAGCGCAAACAGAAUCCUGUGAGGUCCGGCAGGACUGGAAGCCUUCUUUCCUCAGCAACGAGGAAUUCACCCAGUUAAUGCUGGAGGCAUUGGAUGGUUUCCUAAUAGCUCUUACCACAGAUGGGAACAUCAUAUAUGUAUCUGACAGUGUCUCGUCUCUCAUUGGUCAUCUACCGUCAGAUAUGGUGGACCAGAACAUUUUGAACUUCCUGCCAGAACGAGAACAUGGAGAGGUGUAUAAACUUCUGUCAUCACACAUGCUGUUGACAGAGCCUUCUGCUGUGGACCUACUCAACAGCAAUGAGACACGCGUCGAGUUCUGCUGUCAUUUAGCAAGGGGAAACAUUGACCCAAAAGAACCGCCCACAUACGAAUAUGUCAAAUUUGUUGGAGAUUUCAAGUUUCAUAAUAACGUGCCUCUGUCCUCAAGUAACGGUUAUGAGCUGGCGUUCCCACACACGCUGCAGUCCUCACUAGAGGAGCAGAUCUGUCUCGUAGCCACAGUGAGACUCGUGACCCCUCAGUUCCUAAAGGAUCUGUGCAAUGUGGAGGAUGUGUGUGAUGAAUUCACAUCAAGACACAGCCUGGAAUGGAAAUUUCUCUUCUUAGAUCAUAGGGCCUCUCCUAUCAUUGGGUACCUGCCGUUUGAGGUUUUAGGGACUUCGGGUUACGAUUACUACCAUGUGGACGAUCUGGAGCUGAUUGCACAGUGUCAUAAACAAUUGAUGCAGUGUGGGAAAGGAAAAUCCUGUUACUAUCGAUUUCUGACUAAAGGGCAGCAGUGGAUCUGGCUUCAGACACACUAUUACAUCACAUACCACCAGUGGAACUCCAAACCAGAGUUUAUCGUCUGUACACACAGUGUGGUCAGCUAUGCUGAAGUCCGAACAGAAAGAAGGAGAGAGAUUGGAUUGGAGGAAAGCUCAUCUGAUAUGGCAACAUCCUCAAUCAAGGAGCAGGAGGUGUUUUUGGACAUGUGUCCUCCUUUAGAAGCUACACGGGAAAGAAUCAGCAGCGCUCGAUCAGUGUCAUCACAAAGUUCUAGAAAGUCAUCGCACACAGCACUGUCUGACUCUGCGUCGAACUCAUCGGUGAGGUACACAGAAGCAUGCACGUCGUCACGGCAGUCUGCUUCCAUUGGUCCUGAGAAGAGUUCCAGCAGAAUGCCACAUAGUGGAUCAAAGACCCUGAUUCAGAGGCAGAGCUCCUCUGAGCCCACGUCACUCUCCCCCUCCUGCAGUCAGCAUUCCACUAUGACACAAUCUCUGUACAGAUUCCAGCAGCCUCAGUUAGGCGUCAUGCAUCAGCUGAAAGAGCAGCUAGAAGAGCGGACACGCAUCCUACAGGCCGACAUCAAAACACAACAACAAGAGCUGCACGACAUUAAAGAGAAACUACAACUUGCUAAUCUACAGAUGUUACUCCAGCAGCCAAUACAGGGAGAAUUUGCCAGUUCUGGUCUGCAGCAGCAGGGUCCAGGCAGGCCAUCCCAACACAGCACCCAGCCCAAACCUCAACACUGUGCUUCACAUUCAUCACACGCACUACUCCGAGAACAGCCCAGUAGCUCAUCUGCUCAGGCCCAGCAGAGACUGGUUCAGACUGGACACAUGCAGGCCGUCAGUGUUCCAAUGCAGACACACACCAGUCUCACCACACCCUUCUAUAGCAACCCAAUGAUGUUCUCACCCAACCACGGACACCGAACCCAACACGACACACACUGCCAAAGACACACACACACCAACUACAGCCAGGACGGACAGCUACGGCUGCUACUAAACCAACCAAUGCAGACGCUUGUACCAGACAGCAAUGGAGGGGCCCAGUCUUCCCAAUGCAGCUCAACUGUUCAACAAACCAAAUAUGCUCUGGACCAGCAGAUGAUGGCUCCUUCCUUCCCUGUGCAGCAGGUGAACUGUAACGCUGUGCUUGUCCCUUCCCCCGUCUUCACCUCACCAAUCAUGAUCCCCCAUAAUAGUUUCAUCACCCAUCAGGCCACGCCCACCUACACGCCUCACCCGUCGGCUGCCCCACACAGUUUACCACUACAACAACCUCAGCAGUUCUUUCAGAUGCAGCCUCAAGGUCUGAUUCACAGUGCUCCCACUCAGGCCUUAUUCCACACCCCUAGCGUUCCACAGCAAAGCACUGUGGGAUACAUACAGCCACAACAGCAGCAGCAGCAUCACUCACAGUCCGGCAACCUGUCGGACUACAGAAACAUGCUCCCACGGUAGCCCCGCCACCUGGGAAAAGCCAAGAGGUUGCCGGGAAAGCGCGUUGAGCGUUUAGCUCUGAAAGGCUUGAUGGGAAGGGACUCUCUCGGCUCAGGGGAAGGCUCGUUCCCGAGCCAAGCCAAAGUUCCCAUGACAGCAAAUGAUGGUGAUAACGCCACAAGGCCCAAGGACUCUGCCUAGCCUGGACUGCACGCAGAGGAUGCUGGGAUACGUAGGAGGAGCCCGCAGGGACGUGACCCAUCAUGGAGACAGAGGCCACAGAGCAGUCAAGCAGGCGCUUUGAUCGAUAUGUAAAGGACAGAAAGCCGUGGAGUGUUUUUGGUACUGUAAUGUUACAGUUAUCUGGACUUUUCAACACACAAAUAAGACCAAAUCAAGUAAUGCCUUGACAGAGUGUAAACUCUGCUGCGUGUGUUCUGUCCUCAACCGCUACUAAAAUACUAACUAAAAGAGAAAUCACCCCACCAACAAGGAGAAAAAUACAUGGUCAUGAUCAUAUUUCAUGUGUGUGUGCAGAUGGUAGCAGCUGGGCAUAAUUCAGCGAAGACCCAAAUAUAUUUCAAAAACAUUUGGCUUCCUGUUAUCAUGUGCAGAGCAGGUUCGGCCCCCUCCUGUAGUUAUGUUAACGCUAACGUAAAGAAACUUGAAUCACGUUUUAUAUUUCAAAUAUAUAAACAAUUUCACUCUAGGGCAAACUUUCCUACUGCUGAGUUCAACUCAAUCCCUGUUACUCUUUGUAUCUCGAUCCACUAUACUGUACGUAGAGUUUCUCCACAUAUUGAGUUCCGGAGCAUCGUAUUUCAGUACUUUUUACUUCAUAUUAAGGUCUUAAACAUAGCUCGUCAGGAGAAGCAUGUUGGCUUCCCUGAUCAAACAGUUCUUUGAGUUUUCAGACGUGCAUGUGGUCUGCCUGUCCACACAGGAAAUCUACAUUGAUUUGAUGUCAGUAUGAGCACAACAGAUGUGCUUUAAGAUUUAGUUUCAGUAUUACACAGGGAUGAAGCUCUGUCUAAUUUAUGCUUCAUAGUAGAGCGACUUUGUGAUUGUUUUAUGGUGGUGGGUGCAAGUGGCGCAGCAGUUAAACUGCAAAAAUGAAGAUGUAAAAUAAGACAGUAAUGCAGGUUGAAUGACUGAAGACGAUCAUAAUGUCAGGGCUGUAGAAAUAGAAAUGUUCUCAUCUGCCUGUCACUUGGGCAAAGUGUUUGACAAAUACAAUGCAAAUAUUAGUAAAAAAUACUUAUUUUAUUUUUUUCCCCAUUACAUUUUUUUUUUUUGGGAUUAUUAUUUUUGGGGAGUUGAUGUAGAUACGGAAGUGUCGGGCAACGGGCAAAAAUGUUUAGAUGUUCUGGAAUGUUGUGAAAAAUCACAGACAUCUGACAAUCAGAAAAUCAUUUACAAUUUUUUUCUUUGCUGGGACUUCAAGCUUGCACUUUCCUCCAUC